CUAAGCAAAUAUGCAUAUAUAUUAGAUUACAUCAUGUACAUUAGAUUUCUUUUCGUAUACUUAGUAUUAUCAAAUUGCAAACGCUCCCCUUUGGCCUUUUCCUUCAAAAUUCAUCACUUUGUAUAAUUGAAUCUCUCUUCAAUUAAAGAACUCAAACUUAGAAGCUUUUCUUGUAUCAUCGCGAUUUUAGGCCUUGUAAGUUGAAAAUGGGAUUUUUUCCAAAGAAACCACUAAAAUUGUUGAUGAGUCUUGCCGCAUUAGCAAUUUUGGGAUGUUUGCUUAAGAAACUAUUGAAGAUGUUUUUGACUCUUGUCGCAUUUGCAAUUGUGGGAUAUGGAUUUACCCUGUUUUUGAAGUAUCCGGAUUCCGAUCUCUCUAAGGAAUUCCUUUCAAUACUCAACUCGGACACAUUGGUCUCGGACUCCGGCCAUAAGCAUUCGAUGUUCCCGGACUCCGGCUAUAAGCAUCACACCAUUGACUACAACAAACUACCUUAUGCAGAGGUUGAGAAAGCCCCUGAAGAAUCUGUUGAACAAAAACAGGCUCAAACAAAUUUGGAUUAUGAAUUCUCAAAAUGGAAGCAUGCAGACUGUACCUUUGUAGAGAUCGCUAAAUCUUUGUUUGGCGAUGAAAAUGGCUAUCAGAUGAAUACAACCAACUCAAGUCAUCGUGAUUUGGAUUGUGUUAAGAAACUGUAUGCGACUUACGAGUCAGUUUGCGGACCAGUGGACCCGUAUGUGUUGUACUAUUCGAUGGCCUUUCUAAAUGUAUGCGAUGCUGGUUUUCUAUCAAAAUUUAAACGAGUUGCAUCUCAAGUGUGUAGCAGCAAGUGUAGUACCAAUAUUUAAUUACAGUAAAUGACGCAUAUUAUACUUUGAUCUAUACACUUUCCGUUUUAAUUAGUCCGUUACAUAAUUUUCUUUACCAUUUUAGUCUUUUACUAUACUUUAUUCUAUUUUUGGAUAUGAAAGAUCGAAAUUUCUAUCCUUUUAUCAUGUUUCACUUGUCUGUACGUU